ACAAUCACCCAGGGGCCCCCACCUCGCUCCUCCUCCCUUCCCUGAGCACGGCUCUGAUUUUCUGAAGUUGCCUCACUUUCCGGUAGGUGACGGGACACGGCUGAGCCCCGGCUGCUCUUCCCGCUCCAACCGAGAACUGCCCACUAUGGCGGAGGUGCUGAGCCUGCAGCUGCUGACUCUCUGGCUGGUGUGUCCUGCAGACAUCACUCCAGCUGCUGCGCGCGCGUCUCCUUGGGCUCCCGGGAAGUCCGAGGACCCAGGCAGCCACGUUUACUCAGGCUCCCCAGCCUCCAGCCCCAGGCCGUGGCUGGGCGCUCAGCCCGCUGCUGUUGUGACCCCUGGGGUCAAUGUCACCUUGAGGUGCCAGACACCCCAGCCCGCCUGGAGGUUUGCACUCUUCAGGUCUGCAGAGCCCACUGCUGUGAUUCACCGGGAUGUACCUGCGGAACAGGCGGAGUUCUUCCUGGAGGAGGUGACCCCAGCCCAGGGGGGCAGUUACCAAUGCUGCUACUGGAGGCAAGGCUGGGGGCCAGAUGUCUGGUCCCACCCCAGUGAUGCCCUAGAACUGCUGGUGACAGACGAGCUGCCGCGCCCCUCGCUGGUGGCGCUGCCGGCGCCGGUGGUGGCGCCCGGGGCCAACGUGAGCCUGCGCUGCGCCGGCCGCCUGCGGGGCAUGAGCUUCGCGCUCUACCGCGAGGGCGAGGCGGCCCCGCUGCAGUACCGGGACUCGGAGCAGCCCUGGGCGGACUUCCCGCUGAUCGGCGCGCGCGCGCCCGGCACCUACAGCUGCUACUACCACACGCCCUCCGCCCCCUACGUGCUGUCGGCGCGCAGCGAGCCGCUGGUGGUCCGCGCCGAGGGCUCGGGCGCCUCGGACUACACUCAGGGCAACGUCCUCCGCCUGGCGCUGGCGGGCCUGGUCCUCAUCUCGCUGGGCGCCCUGGUCGUUUUCGACUGGCACAGCCAGCAUCGCGCCUCUGGCAACGUCUGAGCCUGAGCCCGGGCGGGCAGAGAAGACUUCCCAGAGAGGAGGGAGAAGACCCUGGGGUCCCAUGGCUGGACCGGCCCUGCCAGCAGCCCCACAGCCCAGCUUCCCCAGUAAUAUUGACCUUGCACGGCGCCCUGGAUCGUCCUUCUGGGUCGUAUCUCCAGGACCUCCCAGAUCAGUAGAAGGCACUGUCGAUGGUUAAGCCUUCCUAACCAGUAAGUCCUGAGAUCGAAUCCCAGUGCCGCUACUCACUCCUUGUGGGAUAUUAGGAAAGCGACACUUCCCAGCCUCCGCCGCCCUGGCGGGAAAAUGGAAGCUUUGGAAAUACUUGACUAGGAUUACGUCGACAAUGCUCAAUAAAUGUCAGCUCCUGUAUAAGAGCUGCUUCUCUCAGACUCACAGAACCGAA